CAGCAGCAGAAGCAGCUUCAGCGUCCUUGGCGUCGCUGCCUCUCUCCUCCCUUCGCGUGGAAUCUGUGCGUCAAAAGGCGAGGGCGGCGCAGGGCAUGGAAGCGGGCUGCUCGCCUCAAAACAAGGCAAAGGCAGCGGUUGCUUGAUUUCUCUCGUGAGGUGAAGAAGAAGCAGCACAAAAAGCAGAGGCCAGCGCUUGUGUGUGAAGCAAGGCUGGGCUGAGAGGGAGCCGGGAAUGCCAAUGCCGCCUCCUCCUUUUCCUCUUCCUCCUUUUUCCCCUCCCACGCUUUCCCUUUGCACCUUGGGCCAGGAGGGAGCUGCGUGAGGAAGGAGGGAAAGCGGGAAGGAAAGGGAAGGAAGAAGCAGGGAGAAGGAGGAGGAAGAGGAAGAAGAAGGGAAAGCACAGGCAGCUUUCCUCCGACGCAGCAGGCGAAGGGGAUUAGUGCAGCCGAAAACGAAGUGGCGUCAGUCAUGUAGCAACAAGCUCGGAGCUGCCUCUUCCUUCGCUUUCUAAUCAACUCUCCUCCUUGAAGGGGCUUCCAUCACCAGCCAGGGAUUCAAAGGCUCCCUUUUCCCCUCCGCAUUUUCCCCCCUCGCCAGCAAAGUGAGCGGAGUGGAGCCUCUCGCAGCCCUUUUAAAGAGAGAGAAGGAGAACGGCAACACGGAGGGCCACGAUGACCGAAGAGAGCUCCGACGUCCCCAAAGAGUUGCUGGAAAGUGUCAAGGAUGUGAUUGGGAGAAAGAUAAAAAUUUCUGUGAAAAAGAAAGUAAAACUUGAAGUCAAGAGUGAUAAAGUGGAUAACAAAAUAUUGGUGCUAACAUCAUGCCGGGCCUUUCUGUUAACCUCUCGUAUUCCUACCAAGCUAGAACUAACUUUCAGCUACUUGGAAAUUCAAGGAAUCACAUGCAAUAAACCUGGACAGCUGAUUGUAGAAACUGAAAAAUGCAACAUUUCCAUGAAGUUGUCUUCAUCUGAAGAUGUGCAUGAAGUACUGGCACACAUUGGAACAUGCCUUCGGAGGAUAUUCCCUGGUGUUUCUCCAGUGAGAAUAAUGAAAAAAGUAAUUAUGGAACCACCAGAACGGCUGACUAAUCUCCAAACUUUGUGGGACAGCCAAACCGUGGCAGAGUUAGGACCAUGUGGAGGUUUUUCUCAAAUGUAUGCCUGUGUUUGUGAUUGGCUUGGUUUUCCAUACAGAGAAGAAGUUCAGUGGGAUGUAGAUACCAUUUAUCUGACUCAAGAUACGAGGGAAUUGAAUUUACAAGACUUCAGCCAUCUUGACCACAGGGACUUAAUACCAAUAGUUGCUGCCCUGGAAUACAAUCAGUGGUUUACGAAACUUUCCUCCAAGGACCUGAAGUUAUCUGCUGAUGUUUGCGAGCAGAUCCUGAGAGUGGUAAGCAGAUCUAAUCGGCUGGAAGAGCUAGUACUGGAGAAUGCUGGUCUUAGAACAGAUUUUGCACAGAAACUGGCCAAUGCCCUAUCCCAUAAUCCCAACUCAGGACUUCAUACAAUUAACCUUGCGAACAACCCCCUGGAGGACAGAGGUGUGUCUUCACUAAGUAUUCAGUUUGCCAAACUACCUAAGGGGCUAACACAGUUAAACUUAUCUAAAACCUCAUUAUCACCUAAAGGGGUGAACAGCCUUUCACAGUCACUGAGUGCCAACCAGCUGUUAGCUACAACCCUCACCCACCUUGAUCUCUCAGGGAAUAUUCUUCGGGGUGAUGAUCUUUCAUUCCUGUAUAGUUUUUUGGCUCAACCAAAUGCCAUUGUUCAUCUGGAUUUAUCCAAUACAGAGUGCCCAUUGGACAUGAUGUGUGGAGCACUUCUUCAUGGCUGCCUUCAGCAUCUUGCUACUCUAAAUGUGUCCAGGACAGUUUUUUCUCACAGAAAGGGCAAAGAAGUUCCUCCGUCAUUCAAACAGUUUUUCAGCAGUUCUUUUUCUCUAACUCAGAUCAACUUUUCAGGAACUAAACUGUCUCCCGAACCUCUAAAAGCUCUCCUGUUGGGUCUUGCUUGUAACCAAAAUUUGAAGGAGGUGUUUCUAGAUCUGAGUAGCUGUGAACUAAGAUCAGGAGGUGCACAAGUUUUAGAAGGCUGCAUAGCAGAAAUCCAUAAUAUUGCCAGCCUUGACAUUUCAGAUAAUGGCCUAGAAUCUGACCUUUCAACACUGAUAGUCUGGCUUAGUAAAAAUCGAUCCAUAAGACAUUUGGCAUUAGGCAAAAAUUUUAACAACAUGAAAUCCAAAAAUCUGGGUCCUGUGCUUGAUAAUUUAGUACAAAUGAUCCAAGAUGAAGAUUCACCUUUGCAGUCACUAUCUUUAGCAGAUUCCAAGUUGAAGACUGAAGUUACUAUCAUUAUCAAUGCUCUUGGCAGCAAUACGUCUCUUACAAAAGUAGUUAUUAGUGGGAAUGGCAUGGGAGACAUGGGAGCAAAGAUGUUAGCAAAAGCUCUUCAGAUAAACACCAAACUCAGAACUGUUAUAUGGGACAAAAAUAAUAUCACCGGCCAAGGCUUCCAGGACAUAGCAGUAGCUCUAGAAAAGAAUUAUACCAUAAGGUUCAUGCCUAUACCAGUGAAUGAUGCUUCUCAAGCACUUAAAACAAGUCCUGAGAAAACUGAAGAGGCACUUCAGAAGAUAGAAAACUAUUUGCUUCGCAAUCAUGAAACCCGGAAGUAUCUGCAGGAGCAAGCCUAUAGGCUGCAGCAGGGCAUAGUCACUAGUACAACACAACAGAUGAUUGACAGAAUAUGUGUCAAAGUACAAGACCAUCUGAACUCCUUAAGAAACUGUGGCAUUGACACAAUACAAGAAGAUGUGAAAUCAGCAGAAAGGCUUAUGAAAGAUGCUAAAAAUUCCAAAACAUUAUUACCAAAUCUGUAUCAUCUUGGUGGAGCUUCAUGGGCAGGAGCAAAUGGCUCUUUACCUAACCCAAUUCAGGAGACACUAGAUUCAAUGGCUGGGGAAGUCACCAGGGUUGUUGAUGACCAGCUCAAGACACUACUUGAAUCUAUGGUGGAUGCUGCUGAAAACCUUUGUCCAAGUGCAAUGAAAAAAGCAAACAUAAGGCAAGAUUUGAUUGAGGCAUGCACAGAAAAGAUUUCUAUUCCACGGACCUUUGUAAAAAAUGUUCUCCUAGAGCAGUCUGGUAUUGAUAUCCUUAAUAAAAUCAGUGAAGUGAAGCUGACAGUUGCCUCAUUUCUCUCAGAUCGAGUAGUAGAUGAGAUUCUUGAUGCCCUGUCACUUUGCCACCAUAAACUGGCUGAUCAUUUGACAAGGCGAGGCAAACCAUUACCUCACCAAGAAUCAUUAGACAUUGAGCUGGCAGAGGAAAGACCUACAAAAAGAUCUGUUAUCACAGUUGAGGAGCUGACUGAAAUAGAACGCUUGGAAGACUUAGACACAUGCAUGACUCUCUGCUGUACAAGUAUGACUCCUAAGUCUAAAAGGAAGAGUAUCCAUAGCAGAAUGUUGAGACCAGUAUCAAGAGCUUUUGAGAUGGAGUUUGACCUGGAUAAAGCACUGGAAGAAGUUCCUAUACACAUAGAAGACCCACCAUUCUCUUCUGGGAGGAUGGACAAACGGACAUCUGGGUUCAUGUCAGAGCUGCCUUCUGAGGAAGGGAAGAAACUGGAGCACUUUACAAAAUUAAGGCCUAAACGGAAUAAAAAACAACAACCAACACAACCUGCUGUGAGUUCUGCAACUCCUCAGGAUGGAGAACAGAAUGGUCUCAUGGGAAGAGUGGAUGAAGGUGUUGAUGAGUUUUUCACAAAGAAAGUGACAAAACUGGAUUCAAAGAGAUCCUCAGCCAAAGGCUCAGACGGUGGUGACUCUAGUGAACCAGCUGACGAAAAGAAAAAAAGAGAUUCUCGGAAAAGUGGAUUUCUCAAUUUAAUCAAAUCUAGAUCCAAAUCUGAACGCCCUCAAACUGUAGUGGUGUCAGAAGAGCCCUCUUCGCCCAAAGUUGGUGUCAAAAGCACUGCAGGGGACACUACAAAAAAGGAGUUUAAAUUGGCUGAACAGAAUGGAAGCACUGAAAAAACCGAGGAGUUAAAAACACCAGACUCAAUGGAAGAGGCUUCCUCAGACGAUACUUCUAAACUUGAGAAGCCUGACAGCAAAGGCAGCCCUCAAGGAGGGCGUAGGUAUGGGGUACAAGUCAUGGGCAGUGGCCUUUUAGCGGAAAUGAAAGCCAAACAGGAACGGAGAGCUGCAUCCGCACAAAAGAAAUUUGGGAAUGAUGCCCGAGACUCAACAGAUCUUUCAGUGAACUCAGAACGACUAGAUGGAGGUGGUGCUGCAACAAAACAGUCAUCUCCAGAGAACCGGUUUGCCCUAAAUAAAGGUGAUUCAUCAGAAAAACCUACAAAAACAGAACCAAAGACAGAAACUGGGGCAAGAAUGCGAAGUUCUUCCAGUACAUCUACUAGUCCAAAGCCUCCCCUUCAGUCAACAAAGCCAAGCCUUGCAGGAAGACCAACAGUUCCUCAGAAACCACGAUCUGCCUCUCGGACUGAGGAUCUUCCAGAUUCUCCAUCUGGUCCAGGUUCUCCUAAAAUUGCUCUGCUUCCACCUUUGCUUAAGAGGGUCCCUUCCGAUAAAGAAAAAGAUGGUCAGAGCAGCCCUCAGCCUGCUAUCCGAUCUCUUUCACAAGAAGGUCCAAAGAGAAACUCAGGACACCAGGAGCAGAGGCAGAGGUCUUUGAGUAAAGAUGGCCAGCAAGGAAGCAAGUCCAGCGACUCCGGAGAAGAAGCAGACAAAGAGUUUAUUUUUGUUUAGUUGAGUGAUCAUCUCUUUGGCAGUGCAAAAUCUUUUCUAACAAUAAGGGUACGAUGAUCUAUUGCCCUUCUUUUUCAUCAGCUGUUUUUAUAGAAGAACAUUUUGUGGUUUUAAAAAGAAUAAAUGAUUGCACUGCUGAUCAGAUUUCAUUAAUUUGGCUUUUUGGGUGUUUUUUUAAAAGUUGACUUCUAUGGUUCUAGAUAUACCCUUUCUUGCCUUUGCUAAAGCCAGCAACUAUUCCAUGUUUUCUACUUGAAUUUCUAUGAAGCAGCUAUCAAAACAAUGCCUUGCAAUAGGGCUUCAGGCGAAGGAGGGCAGAGGGAACCAAGCAAAAGGACGGGGGGGGGGGGUCUCUUCUUACACUAAUCCACACUGUACAGCAGGAAAGGUGUUGUACUGCUGAAUGUAAAUGUGUCAAACUUGCACGCAACUUACUUUUAAAAUAUAUUCUUGCUGAAUGCAAUUGCACAUUGUAAUUAUAUCAAUAGAGCACACUAAUAAAAGAAUUUGUAUAAAUAAUAUAUAUUAGAUGCUUGGAUAUGAUUUUUACAUUCACCCUUGGGAGACUUUUUUCUUGUUUGUUGUACUGUAUAUAAAAACACAAUCUCUUACAUUUGUGUACUGUUAAAAAGCACAACAAAGAAAAGUGAAUUACUAAUCCUUUGCUAUGCUUCCACUUCCAUAGGUUAUAUGUAUAUUGUUGACUGGAAUGACAGCAAUGCACACCUUAUUGGUAUUGGUAUUUUCUAGAGGCUGCCUUAGAGUGUCUCUCUGCAUCCUUUCUAACUUUUAACUUGUUCUUCUUAAACAAAAAGAUAGUCUGUAAAAGCAAUUUUGCAUUUUCCCUGUUAUUAUAUUCACAGUCAUCUGCUUACAAUUCAGGCUGAAGGAGUUUUAUUCAUAAUGUAUAUUUGUACCAAUAAAAAUGAUUUUACAACUGGAA